AUGUCCGCUGUUGAGUCCGUUGUUGAGCUCGUACUCGGAAAGCUGGCUGACUCGCUCAUUCAAAAAGCCAUUUUCUUAUGUGGCGUUCGUGAUCAAGUCGAAUUGCUCAUGUUCGAAUUUGAGCAGAUGGUAGCCUUCUUGGAAGAUGCAGACUCCAAGCAAGAAGGAGACAGAAGAGUGAAGAGAUGGGUGCAACAUGUGAGAGAUGUUGCAUACGAUGCUGAGGACGUCAUCGACAAAUUUAUGUUAAAGAUGCCAACCUCAAAGCCAAAAAAUUGUUUAGGCCGCAUUAAAAGGUAUGCUUGCAUCCCCGUUGAGUUGAAAGCUCUCCAUGAUGUGGGCUCGGAGAUCCAACGGAUAAACAAUAAAAUCCAUAGGAUCUCUGAAAGUAGGUCGACUUAUGGAAUUGCCGAUAUAAGCCAGGGAGCGGGGAAGAGCUCCGCAGAUCCAAUCCAUGAAGAACGGAGGCUCACUUCUCUUAACUCUGAAGAAUCAGAUUUUGUUGGUUUUUUUCAAAAGGAGUCAGAGGCACUGGUCAAGAAGUUGACCAAUGAGAGCGAGCAAAGACGUUGUCUUGUUUCUGUAGUUGGAAUGGGUGGUCUCGGCAAGACCACUCUUACGAAGAAAGUUUAUAACGACCCUCGUGUUAAAGCACAUUUUGACUCUUUUGCAUGGAUUUCUAUAUCACAAGACUAUGUUGUGACGGAUCUUCUUCAGAAAAUCUUAAAUUGUUACAUCUCAAAAGAUAAGCUCAAGGAAGUGAAGGAAAUGGACGUCAAUCAGUUGAAGCAUGAAAUUUCUGAGCAUUUGAAAGAGAAGAGAUACCUGGUGGUAUUAGAUGAUAUAUGGUCAAAGGAAGCGUGGAAUGAUUUGAAGGGUGCAUUUCCAGAAACGAACAAUGGCAGUAGGGUUGUCCUCACCACACGAAAAGAAGACGUAGCUUUAUAUGCACAAAGCGAGGUCCAUAGACCGGGAAUUUUAAACGAGGAAGAGAGCUGGGAAUUAUUCUGCAAGAAAACAUUCCCAGGACAUGGUGGUUGCCCUCCGGAAUUGGUGGACGUGGGAAAAAAGAUUGUGCAAAAAUGCCACGGCCUACCUCUUGCUGUCAUUGUCAUCGGUGGGCUCCUAACGACGACGACGAAAGAAGCAGCAGAGUGGAAGAAAGUACACGAGAGCAGCAGCUGGCAUUUAGUCAAGGGAGAAAUCAAUAUCUCGGGCAUAUUAUCUUUGAGCUAUAAAGAUCUGCCCUAUUACUUGAAACCAUGUUUUCUCUACCUGGGCAAUUUUCCAGAGGACUACGAAUUCCAUGCCAAGACAUUGAUUCAAAUGUGGGCUGCAGAAGGUUUUCUUGAAGAGCGAGGGGAAGAAACAUUGGAGGAAGUUGGAGAAGAUUAUCUAAUGCAAUUGAUUCAAAGAAUCAUGGUUCAAGUCACAGAAAGAAGUUCAAGCCGAGGUAUUAAAAGAUGUCGCAUCCAUGAUCUUUUGCGGGAUCUCUCCAUAUCAAAAGCUAAGGAAGAUAUGUUUCUUCAAGUUCACAGUAGGAUCAAUGCAAAUGCUCCUCCUGCAUCUAGAGCCCGUCGACUUGCAAUUCACAAUGAUGAUUUACGUGAGUACACUUCCUUAAAAUCUUUCACUCCACAACUUCGUUCUGUAUUGAUAUACACCCAGGGCUCUACAUGGCUUCAAAGAGAAGAAGAAAAGUUUCUCUUUAGAGGCUUUAAGUUGCUUAGGGUGUUGUAUAUACACAGUGCAUGCAUUAAAAAGCUACCUAAGGAAAUAGGUGAACUAUAA